AUGGCCGAGCUGGGGCUCUCUCGCGCGCCGGGCACUACUAGCUCGUCGUUCAGGCCGCCCUCUCGCCACUCGCUCGAGCCCGUGCUGGAACAGCCUUCCCCGCAACGCAGGCGCGACUACUUUGUGGCGGAUGAAGACGUGCCACGCGCAAGGCCCGAGCUUCAGCGCAAGUUGCCCUUCCAGUACCAUGGCGACGUGUUUGCGCAGCAUGGCGAGUACACAGACGCGGGGCUCUACAUGUCACGGCUGCCAGCAUCUCGGAAGGAGAAGCAGCCUUUGUCUGCGCGUGUUGGGGCCAACUACAAGCUUCACCCCGUCAAGUUGGCCCCCGUGACUCCUACGAAGCCAGCAUCGCAGCAGCAACCCGAACGAGAAGUCAGUCCCGUGGUGCUGUCUAUCAGCCCCAAGGCCGUAGACGCGAACGCGAACGCGAACAAGUCCAAGCCCAAGAGCAACCGCAAGCGACAAUAUGCUCUGGCUGUGGAGGCUAUGGCGGUCAACCACUCGCUUCAUAUAGCACUGCUCAAUGACAACGUCGUGCCGAGUGUCAUGGCGCUGUGUCGCUCCAAGGACGUGGCUACGCUUGGGGCAUGCGUGGCCACACUGGGCCAUUUGUCCUGCGAGCCCGAAGGCCGGGCCAUGCUUCUGUCGCACAACGCCCUAUCGCUGUUGUCGGCACUUGCGCUCUCCUCAGCGCGCACUCACGAGAAGCUCCUACUGCCGAACUGCGUGGGCACCCUGGCCAACCUCACGAUCGAGGAUGGAAGCGAGAGCGGGUUCAUCAAGGACAAGGCCCUCGACUGUCUGCUGAAGCAGCGACGAACGUCGGUAUUAGCGGAGCGAGCUUGCACCUUCGCCGUCUUCAAUCUGUCGUGCCCUCAGUACGCGUAUCCGCGCGUGGACGACGCCGUUCAUGCACUCGCAGAGCAUGGGAAGGAUGCGCGCAACCGCGAGACGAUCAGCCGAGCUGUUUACAACUUGGCGUGUACGCGGAUGAACCACGUGAAGCUGGUUGAGCCUGAGGCUGCCUCAUUGCUGCGGGUGCUGGUCGGAUGCCAGCAGAGCGAAGCUGCGCGUCUCAACUCGCUCGCUGCGCUCUGGAAUCUGGUGGAGAGUGGGGCGUGUCGUCGGGCUCUGGUUCGGACUGGUGAUUGUGUGCGCGCUGUGGUGGAGGAGCUUCCUCGUCUCGGUCUUGCUGCAAGUGAGGAGUACGUCAUCUGCGCGCUAGGAACGCUGAUCUGCCUCACACGCGAAGCACACGCCCCAGAGCUUAUGGGCAACGCGGGGGCUCUGGAAGCGUUGGCUGCGCUUGGCACAAGUGCCCAACGACGGCCAGGAGUGCUGCUGUUAAUAUACCGCUUGAUCGCCAUCUUACUCUCCGCACCCGACAACAUCCAGGGUGUUGGCGAGAGCGUUGUCCACUUCCUCCUCGCUUUCCAGCACGAGAGUGCAGGCGCGGACAGUGUCUCGCCUUCUACGUCCGCAGCCAUGUCCCGAUACGUGCUCUUUGCACUAGCGAGCAUUUUGUCGUGGAACGAGUCGGACGAUUCCAAACUCGAGACCUCGAAUCACCGCACGGCUGCACUGUCGUCAAGGUCGUCUCCGCUAGAGCUGGAUGAAUUACUGGACGAACCCCAGCUCCUAGAGCAAAUGUACAGGCACGUAGCGUAUUCAGGCUUCCCAGUUGACAGUACGCAGGUGCGUCUGCAGAUGGUGCUCCUGUUCAACUUGUCGUUCCGAUACCCCAAGGUGGAGGUUGCCAAGCUCGCCCACGAACGGCUGAGCCAGGUAGGGGCUAUCUCGAAAGACCGCCACAUUCUCACGCUGCUGGGCGGGAGCUUUUUCAGUCUGUGCAUGGAAUACGAGGUGCACCACUUGCUCCUCGCUACCGCCUACGCGACGACAGACGACAAAGGCGGCUUUCUGCUGCAGCGCUUGGCACGAGAUGGAGAUGUUGAAGCGCAGAGUAUGUGCUUCAACACAGUCUGCAUUCUGUUCGAUGGUCACUCGCUCACUCGGGACGAAGUACUGAGGCUCAUGGACCGGAUCUUCCCCGUUGUGGUCGAGGUUUGUACGCGCAGGGAUCAUAUUACCAAAAGUAGGGAUGUCGCUGAGGACGCUGACGCCAAGUCUAACCGAGGGGCAUUGCAAGCAGCGUGUGCUGCGUGCCUCACACGCUUCGCGAGCGUGACAGAGUAUCGCCUUGCAAUGGUGGAGCACGGCCUUCUCAACGCGCUGGCAGUGCUAGCUGGAUCCGAGGAUGACGAAACUCUGCGGCUGUGCGUGCACACGUACGCCUUGUUGUCGCAGGAUAGAGCGGUUGGCGCGCCACUACUGCGCGGUGGUGUUAUUAAGGCUCUGACGUUGCUGGCUGCCGCUCCCGAGGAGGCUGUGCGUCGAGCGUGCGCCGUUACCCUGUGCAACUUGUCUGCCGAAGUCGCACAUGUGGAAUCCCUGGUAAAGCUUGGCGCGCUUCGGGCUCUGCUUGUUCUUGCCUGCGUUAAGUCGAAUGACCCGGAGACCCGACGAGUGUGCCUCAAAGCCGUGUUGAACCUGCUGCGCGUUGCAAAGGCAGCGGCGAUGCAGCGCUUGUGUGACGACGGCCUGCUUUGGGCCUUCGGGAUCUUCACGGACGCGAUGGAGCCCAGGGACUACGCUAUCCUCUCGGACGCCUUCUGCGUGCUCGCCACGCAUUCGUCAGCGCGUGCCGGGCUGAUCGCCAAGCCUAGCACGGUAGCUUCGCUGUUGCAAAUACUCCGCUGCAAUGACGUUUGCUCCACCAAGGUGACGGUCUUGAAGGGCCUCGUCAAUCUGCUCGCCGACGCUGCCAGCGCAGCUGUGCUCCUGAAAAUCGGCGUUCUAUCUCACCUUGUUGCGCUGAUUGAGUCGGAGAAGGAGGCCGAAGUGGCAGGAAAUGUGGCCGAGCUACUCGUGCUGAUCUUCCAGAACUGCUCGUCAGACGACAACGACGCGGCAGCUGGAGCGUAUGCAGAAGCAGCAACCAUGCGUGUCAUCACGUAUCUCGUACAUGUUGCCGAACAAGAGGAACUGCAUCGCGCUGCUGAAGCUAGCAACACUGAGAUUACGAGCUGCGCCCUGAGCUGCGCUGUCUUGCUGCACCUGCUAUCGUUGCACAGUGUCACGCGACCAGCACUGCUGCUUGUCCACCCUCCGCUAGGCACAGCACUUCCAGCUCUCCUGCUGCAGGCAAAGGGGCACACUCAGACGCUGCUGCUGCGAUGUCUCUACAACCUCACGUGCGACGCCAAUCUGCUCAUGCACAUCCCGAUGAACGUCGUCAUCCCAUCGCUGAAGGUGGCGAUAACGAACCAGCACGAGACCACAUCCAAUGGGGAUGAACCGAAGACUGCAGCACUGUGUGCAGGGAUUCUACGCAACAUCUCGACGUCUAGUGACUGCCACGACGUGCUGAGCUCCGAGCCUGCGACGACGUUAUUGUGCGAGCUGUUCGCGCUGGGAGGGAAGCUAUGCCGCGAGAAUGUGGCGCUGGCGACGUGCAACCUCUUCCUGGGGCGGGUCAACUCGCACGUGCUGCUGUCUCGGGGCGUCCUGCCACUCGUCCUCUCCUUGUGUUUGCCCGAGUUGGCGUCGUCUUCAGAAGCGCACACAAUGUGCUCGGCCGUGCUGCGAAAGCUGGCCAUUGCACCGGGCAACAGCAAGCUGCUGCUGCGUGGAGGCGCUGUCCGCCACCUCGUGCUGCUUAUGGGUGGUAGCUCGUCGAUGUUCGUCAGGAUGAACUGCGUCGCCACCUUCGGUCUCUUGGCCCAGAAGCCUGGCGUUUCAUCUGUGUUGGCAUCGCAGGGCGUACUGGCCUCCGUGCUGGAGUUCCUGGAGCACUUGGAGCAGCAGCAGCACGUUGACGCCACACUGGGCCCCUGUGUCGAGAGCAUGUGCGUGGAUCUGCUCUCGAAGCUCGCCCAGUUCGCAAACGCCAACGACCCGCGCGAGCGUCGCCUGUCGUCACUGCUGUACCGAGUUGUCGAGAAGGAGGACGCCGCUGCCUCCUCAGCUUCACUGCCCAGAGCAACGCAAUCGCCCGCCGCUGAAUCGUGGCAGAAUGACCGCAGCUUUCUGCACCGUGACCAGAGCGGACCGCUACCCCCAACGCAGAUCUGCACCGUGCUUGUGUUGACGCGCAGUGCUGCUCCGGUGGUGCCUCAUGCACCAAGAACAAUCUCGUACCCUGGAUACGCCAUUGAAGUGAGCCCCAGUGCCAGCUACAUCGAGAUGGGGACGAUCGAGCCGAUACUGCCCCCAAGUGAUGCUUUGGACGACGAGCAGGGCGAGGAAGCGGAUGCUCGCGUGCAGUCAGCCGAGUUCACGCCGCCGCCGAUGUUCCCCAAGAUGAAGAACCCCUUCACGCCUCUGUCGCUCUCCGCGUUAACUGCGUCCAGCGGCACCUCGGCCCAAAUCAAGAGCCCGAUUCCUCUCAAAGCGUUGCAGUCUAAGCUGGUGCCUCCAUUGCCUCCACGAGCAGCGGCUGCACAGCGAGCCCCGUAA